AUGUCUGAAGCGAAUUUGUGCAAAAAAUUGGUGAGAUUUGAGACGGAGAACGGGCGGAACAUCGAAUUAGAGGCGGUUUAUGAGGACUCCCUUUCUUCUGGCUCGCCACUGGGUACUGUAGUCGGAUUCCAUGGAUCACCCGGAUCUCACAAUGAUUUUAAAUAUAUUAGAAAUCGAUUGGAUGAGUUGAAUAUUCGAUUUAUUGGAGUCAAUUAUCCAGGAUUCACUUUUACCGAUGGUUAUUCCUCGCAACAACACACCAACAUCGAGCGUCAAAACUAUUCAAACGCUCUACUCGACAAACUCGGAAUCCCGGGAAAAAUCGCGUAUAUCGGGCACAGUCGUGGAUGUGAAAAUGCGCUGGAGACAGCCGUCGGACGGUCUGGACACGGAUUGGUUAUGAUAAAUCCGAUUGGGUUGAGAAUUCAUAGAGGAAUCAAUCCAAUAUCUAGAAUGGAAGCAAUCAGUUGGAUGUAUGAAAUGUUACCGACUUUUGCUGGCAAUGCAAUGAUGCUUGGGCUUUACAAAAUGGUCGGGUUCAAAAUUCAAACUGGCGAGGAGGCGAUCAAUUCAAUGCGUUCCAUGUGCAGGGUCUCUUUGGGUGGACAGUUGGAAUUCAUUGAGAAAACCAAUGAAAUGGAUAUCAAAAAGCUCAUUGUUUUUGCUGGAAAGGACCACUUGAACUUUGAAAACAAGAAGAUCCCCGAAGAAGAUCAGCUGAAAAUCAUGGACGCAUUUUCUAGAAAAGGAGCAUCGGUGUACGUGGCAAAUGAUACACACUUCCAGAAUAAAUCGCAGGCGGUGCUGGUGGCUGAUGCGUGUAGAGCAAUGUUCGAAAAUGGGAAGACAACGAAGAAUAAAUUGUGA